AAAACACGAAAGACAAUUCGAUCAUCGCUGCUGCCAGCGCAGCUGGCCGUACUGUCUUUGAUCCAUUUGUGCAGGGCCACCAUCUUCCCGACCAUCAUUAUUCCGUCAACCUGCGAACAUCGACAUCAAACGCGUCGUAGGAAUGAUACGACUAGUACCGACGCCGCCCAUCUCUUGCCAUUCAUCAAGUCAAGUCCCCAUGUCGAGAAAUCCCUGACGCCGCUCCAAUUGUGUCUGAUGUGCCAUGAAAAAAUCCAGUUCAGGCCGGCAUCGAGCCGGCUCAGAGGCAUCUUCCAGAUCCCAGCGACCGAGAAAUGAUGAUCAAGACUCUACAAAAGCGCGUUCCACUGCGGAUGCGAUGACGACUUCGUCUUCGCGCCCUAAAUCCGGCCGGUCCAACUACUACGAACCAGAUGCCACUUAUGCGACAACGAUCACCGACGAACCCUCACAAAUAUCUGAUCGAUACCGAAAUGAUUCACGAAAAGAACUGCAAUCCAGCGACACGCGGAAACGGUCAAGCAAGACCGACGGAAGGACGAAAUACGAGAAGAGUCGUGGGGACAAGGAAGACAACGAUUCAUGGAAACCGAGGAAGGAAGACAGCACUCGUGACUCUCACAAGUCCAGCAAGUCCAGCGGGAGAGAGCGCGCUCGUGUUCACCGGGAUAAUAGCGCCUCUCUACCUCAAAACCAGUUCCCGGGAGAGUUUCCAGCGACAUACUCUGAGCCGUACCGGCCGCCUGGACUAGCCGCAGAGUACUAUGGUGACAACGGGGAAUCAGUCGCCUUCCAACCUGGCGUCCGCCCCAAUGCUCCAAACAUUGUCACCAGCGCAGAGCAAGCCCAUCUCCUGGAGCCGACUGUCGAAGCCAAACCUCCUCCUGAGCCGAGCAGUAUGGGCCAAGUGGGUGCUGCUGCUAGCUAUUUUGGUCAUGCCGACUAUGAUGGGAACUUUGGAUCGCAGACUACCCCUUCCAAACCACCUCAGAGGCUGAGCUUGGGAUCCGACAAGCCUCCCAAGCACAGCUAUUACGGGGCGAGCCCCAGAAGCAGUCCUGUCCACCAAGGGAGUCAUGCACCAACUUUCGGACUCCCUCCUGGUCCGAUCGGCUCCUAUCCAUCCUCAGGCACUGCUGCGAUUGGCGAGGCUGCCGAGUACUACGCCGGUGGAGGUGGAGGUGGAGGUGGAGGAACAUCAGCCAGUGUAUGGCAAACGCCAAACAGACCUCUCCCCGGAUCCCAAACCACCUCCACCCCGUAUUCUGCCCCCGCCGGCAUCGGGGGCUCCCACCAGCAUUCAACUGCAGCCUUGUAUGGCGGCGCCGCGGCGCUCGCUGGGGCAGCAGCUGGUGCUUACGUCUCUGGCCACUCACACCAUCAACACCCAUCCGGCCAGCUUCAACCCUCAACGAACCUGGCAGGACCGGCCCACGGAUAUCCUCUGUCACAAAAUACUCAGAUGCAUCAUGCCCACCGACAUAAACAUCAGGGACUUUUUGGAAGGUUUAUCGACUGGUGGCGAGAUCCCGAAGCAGUAGCGCGAUUCGAGGAAUACACCGAGACAAUUGGUGUUUGUAAAUAUUGCUUCGAUCCUAUGAGCUCACCCGCCGAUGCCCCCCGCAGGCACGACUAUCGCCGGCGGAGACAGUCCCCUGGGAACCGGUAUGGGAGUACAACACGGGUAGACAAGAUAUAUAGGCAUAGCUCGGAUGAAAAUCUACGGAAACACUCAUCUAUCAAGAAGAAGAUGGCAGUUGGAGGCUUAACCGGCUAUGGGGCGGCGAAACUCGGGCAAGCAAUCACCAAACAGAAACACGACUUCGAUGACACGUACUCUGUGAAAUCCGGGCGCCCGGUGAAUCAGAGCCGAGUCAGUUUCCAAGAAGAGCAGCAGUUUCAGAGGUACGAUGACGCAGGUUUUGAAAGACCGCAAAGCCGCCAGAGAGCAAGCAGAAGCAAAACAUCCUCGACCCAAAGAGGUCAUCACGGCCGUCGAUCAAGUUCAUCGUCCUCGAACUCAUCUUCUCGUCCAAUUUCUCAUGGCGCAGCAUUGAGUGCUGGAUUAGGCGCCGCUGGGGUUGCGGUUGGUGCUGCAGCCCUCAACGCAGGGUUCCGUCGUCGCAGUAAGAGCAGGAGUCGAUCACCAAGUUCGAGAAAGAAAUAUUUUUCCAAACGAGUAUCUCCGAUGCAUUCAUAUGUCGACCUCUCAGCGACCAACGACGCGGCAGCUGGUGGUCUGCUGAGCUUCUUCACCAGCCCAUCGGCCAACUCAAGGAAGGGCAAGAAGCCAAAAGGCCUCUUCAAUUUCUCAAAUGCCUCGAGUUCCUCAUCUGACGCAGAUCUACGAUUUGGAGAAGGGACCGUUCGCAGAAAGACCUCCAAGAAGCGACUACGAGAAAGACAGGGCAGGCAGCAUCGGAAUGACUCCGUGACUGCGAUGGAAGACCUAGUUAAUACGGGAACUGCCCUUGCUGACGAGGCCAAUUGGAGGGAGCGGAAAGGUAGGCAAAAAUAUGAGGCUGACAAGCAUACAGGUCUAGGCGGUAGGCUUGCAGAUGGACGUCGAAUCUCCAUGGCCGAUCACGAAACUCAUGGCGGACCCGACGAUGAAUGGUAUGACACAGAUGGCGGAGGCGACUCUGAAACCAGUGUCGAUAUGGCAAUGGCAUAUGGUGGAAGGUCCUCCGCUUCCCAGAGCCGAGAGCAUCUCCCUCAAGCGGGUCGAGCAUCAGUACCAGGCUACAACUUCAGGGAAGCAGAUCAGAGACAGUACCAUAACAGUCUGGGACAGGCAAACAACGGGUCUGCGCCAUCGUUCCCGAUCUCAACAGUCGAAACGGCCGCUCUAGCGGGCGCAGCAGGGGCUCUGGGUGGUUGGACGGCUUCUAAUGCGCUCUCGCAGGAAUCGAAACCGCCAACUUACAGUGCACUGGAUCCGAUGCGUGAAUUAGAGCCCAGACCGCUAUCUGAUCCUCCGUCAAAAACUGCAUCCCACGAGCCCACCAGAGUAUCCUCAACGACUGUGCCCCUACAACAGCCUCAACCAAUGGUCCCCCUCGCACCGUUCAUCGACCACAAUAUCUCAGAAGGGAUCCAAUUUGGGGAACAGACACGACAGACGGGACGAAGAACGUCAAGCUAUACCGCGCGAGAUUCAAAGCCGGCCAAGAUACCUUCUCAAGGCCCGAGAAGCAGCGUUAAUUUCAACUCGAGCGACGAGCAGCUUGAGAGCGGAGAACGCGCAAGCGGCCGGGACAAGAGGCGGAUGGUCAGUUUUGGCGAAAACGAUGGAAGAAAGCUUGACGAUGCUGCUAUCUCCAUGGAAUCUACCCAAAAGCCAGCCGUGUCCUUGCGCGAUGAGACCUCACCGAGGCCAAAGCGAUCGCACGAUGUCCGUAGUAGCUCUUUCGACGCCGACGACCGAGUCGCUGAAAUCGACCGUGAACUGGAGAGACUCUACCAGGAGCACCAAAAGGCUGAAAAACGAAAACAGGAGUCGGGGCUAAAGAAAGCUGUUGUCGGUGCGGCAGCAGCUGUGGCCGUAGCCUCUAUUGCGAGUAAGGGUAACAAGAGCAGGUCGCGCGAAGAAGAUACUCCCACCCGAAAGUCCAACUUGAAGAAGACAAGGGAAAAGGAUGCGACCUCAUCACCCGAAACGCAGCAGGAAAGAAUCGCCAGGAUGGCGGCUCAUCGAGUUCGUUCAACGCCUUCUCCAGUCCAACAUGACGACUACAGUGCCUUCUUCGUUCCCACGGAGAUCAAAGAGCAUCUCAAAGAACACAACGACAAGUCUGAGCACCGAGACGACUUUGGAGCAACUGUGGUUGAAAUCGUUCCCGGAGUGCCCAAACCUAGCAGCUCACAUCCUUUCGACCCCUUUACCUAUCGACAGUUUGGUCUCGAACUGGAUGAUGAUCCUUUGUUACACCCUUGGCCUGUUCCAAUCCUUGCAUUAGUUGAACCCACGCCGCCCGGUAGCCGGGUCCAAAGUGUCAAAGGCGACGAAACGCCCAUCAUUGAACCCAAAUCGAAAGAGGAACCUGAUGAUAUUGGAGAACCACUCGAGCGAAGGGAGUCCAAAGUGACGUGGGGCAAUCAUGACACCUAUGUCUACGAUGUCGUGACGCCGGAAUAUGAGCGCUCUGACUACGGACCUGAUACACACUUGCAGGGCCAGAAGACUACAGGCAUUUCAUCUCCGGAUGACGUUACGGAAGAGCCAAUUUCAAUCCCCGAGGAGUCGCAAGAGCGACCAAGCCCAAGCCGAGCCUGGACAUUAGAUGAGAAGGAAGCAGAGAAACUGGAGAAGGAAGUCCCCGUCGUUGAUGACAGACCUCAGAUCAGCCGCGCAUGGACAGUUGAUGACAAAGAAGCCGAGGAACUAGUCCAAGAAAUUCCAGAACGCCAGCCAGAGAAUACCCCUGGGAAUACUCAUUAUGGUACCGAGGAUCAACACAAUCCUCGAGAUACUACUUCCUCUAUUAAUGGUGGGACUGAAGAGCGGCACGGAGAUUAUUUCCCAGCAGAGAUGGACGAGACCAGCGGAAAGAAGGCAUUUUAUCAAACCCCUUUUCCUGAAACAGUGAGUGAUCUGAGCCCCAUAGGGGGUUAUCCAACCACAGUCUCGCCAGAAACUAAGUCGAGAACUGUCCUCGCUUUGGAAGAUGGGGGCGGGAGAAGCGAUGAGGGCAUGCGGGAUAAGGACAACACGUCUACGGCUGUUAGGCUGAGCAAGAGUGACCGACGUCGUCGAGAGCGUUCCAGCUCUUCUGCCGAUGCAUUUCGACCGUUUCCAUCACAUCAAGAUCCUUCUGGGCUUUCGGAAGACCUCACUCCUGCGCAGCCAUUACGUGUCACCGACAAUGACCGCGACCUCGAAAAUAAGAGCGCUGCAGGCGGCCCCUCUGCUUUGGGCCUGGGGAUAGCCACGUCUGUCCUUCUCGCUACAGACCAGGUGAUGAAGGACAGUGCUCAACAUGACGAAAAUGAUUCAGCGAACGGAGGCAAAGAUCAGUUCUCGAGACCCGAGGGGCUGACUACACUCACAGACCGAAAGUCGCAGCAUCCACGCUCAAUUUCAAAGGGGGGAUACCAUUCAGAUCCAGAAGAGUGGGAGCAUUCACGGGAAAAGCCAAAGAGGUCGAAGACCGGCUCCAAGAGCGAGGUUGGCGAGAAAACAACAAGAAAAUCUAAGUCUAGACGAACGGCCGACAGUGCUGACUUUGAGCCGCUUCGGAGAUCCCGCACCGACGAUGAUCUCUAUGAAAACGAAAGAUCUGGAAGAAGCCCAAGGUACAGCAAUGGCGAUCAUGAUGAAAAGCCAACCAUUAGCCGAAGCAGCAAGGGUGAAGAGAGAACGUCGCGGGGUAGACUCCGAAAGGACUCAGAUGGAUACCAUGAGAGUGACAACCGAUCUGUCGCAGGCAGCACGUCGGACUCAAGAACGAAGAAGGAAUCCGGUGGCUUUUUCAGCAACCUCUUCUCCAGCAACAAGAGCGAUGUCAGUACAUCUAGUAAGAAGAGCUCAAAAUCUUCCAAGUCAGAAAGUCGAGCAGAUCAGGAUCGAUAUGACGGAUCCGAGUCUCGAAGGAAGCGCAGGUCCAAGGACAAAGCUGGGUUUGAUGAUGUCGCAUCUGCAAUAUCCGAACCGCCCGGAAGGAGUCGACGCAGUCCAGAUCGUCAAACCGUGCAUGAUGGUCAGAAAGAGGCCUCCAAUGAACAAACUGUCGACGACGGAUUCGUUUCUGCUGAAGAGACCGCUGGAACACCAGUUAAGGACAUUGCAGACCAGGAAUCUUUUUUAGCAAGUCGCCCCGAAAUGCCACAACCAAUGGUCAUGGAUAUACCAAUGGGUUCUGAUGGUGUCUCGGGGCCAAGAUCCGAGAGAGAGACAUCUUCAACCCCCAAUACCACUGCUAGUAUUCAUGCACAGGGAACAACCUUGUACACAGAGGGCGAGCAUAAUGCUGCAUCACUUACGGCUUUGAUCGAAGGUGACCGUUCUGGGACUCUGCCCACCGAGGCAGGAGCUGGUGUUGUGGAGGAAAUGCAGAGCCCCGAGGAGCGUUUUUCAGCUCCCUUUCCCCCACCCGCCACCUCUCGACGCCUGUCUGCUAUACGGACAGGCGAUAUCCUUUCCAGUCCAAUGGUGGCCAGCUCUCCAACUGCUGUACCCCUGCAUUUCCGACGCCCUCCUAUAUCGCCGACUAACCAACGCUUUUCAAUGAGCUCGCCCGUUAUGUCACCAAGUUCGCCGCUGACCACCCCUCGAACCCGUCAAGGAAGGCCAAAGUCGACGGAAUUUCGUUCCAGCAAGGAAUUCCGGCCGCUGUAUCUUGUAGAGAGACGAAAUUAUGCAAGAAACCCGGCAUCUGAACUUGCUGAAGAAUAUCCAUCGUUGCCAUCCAGCAAAACCAGCUCCACACAUCCGUCUAUGGAAGAUCUUCGGGCGGAAGCCCAUUUACAAGACCAGCCCGAGUCUUUCACUUCAUCACGUAUCAGCUCCGAAGUUUUCCGUGAACACGGCAGGCGGCACAGUUACUCGUAUUGGCAUGACGGCGAGAAGAGGCGAGAAUCCCCAGACUAUCUAGAUUCUCGAUCAGCCACGCCAGUGCCUGGUGAAGCACAAAGGGCUCGUGACCAGGAAAAGAAGCCCAAACCGAAGUACGAAUUUCACUCACCAAGCGAACUACUGCAAGAUCCAGCCUUCUUCCAUGACGUGGUCCCAGUGGACGAGGAUGUUGUGCCUCAUAGUCCACUUCCCAGCGUCGCAAGUACGGAUGCCGACCAGGACUACAUGAGUGCGCGAAGUAGGAGCCUAUCUCCCACAGGGACGCGAAGUCGCAGUAGGGGUAGAAGGAGCGCUUCGACCCCGAGGUCAACAUCAGCCUCGUGGCGGACCGGAAUCGCUACCGCAGCCGCUGGUGCUCUUGUCGGCUCUGCUUUGGCAGCCGCCGCCCAUCGGGGACUCAAAGAGUCACAGGAAAUCCCUGGGGAAGAAGCGGAAACGCCCAGGAAGCCUGGAUCCUUAGCAGAGGUGUUUACUGAAGUUGCGCCAGCUUCCGAGCCUAGAGCAGUGAACGCGACAGGAGCUGGAAAUGAAACAACCUUCCAACAGCCGUCUGAGGACAAAUCGACCCACACAACUAGUGAUCUGCCUCGAGACGAUCUGCAUCGAGACGCAGAAUCCCAGGCCCCCACCAGAGGAGCCUUGAGUUCUGACGCUUGGCGAGACGUCUUCACGGCGAUUCACAAGCGCAGGAUUGACCCUGACGUGAUAACAGAUCGUAACACCGCAGUUAAUACCGAGUCGGACUCCGGAAGCUUACAGAAACCAUAUGCCCACGAUCACGUAUCUCCAUCGAAACUGGAAGGAAUGGUCCUGGCGCAGUCGUGGGAUGGUCUCCCACUUGACCCCAGUGAAGUUGCGGAGGAAAGCAUAAUCAGUCCUGAGAAGGUAGCAAGGCUCGAAAAGGAAUCUGGAGAGAACCACGAGGCAACUUUGCUUGCACAGUCUACGGCAGUUGAGCCUUUUCACCGAGCUCUAAGUCUCGAGAAGCAAACUGGACCCAUUGAAGGCUCACAGGAGGGUCUCGGGCUUCAAACGAAAAGUUUCGAAGAGGAAGCAACGCGACCUAGUGACGGACUGAAGUCGCAGGAAGCAGCAGACAGUAUUGAGGGCGCACGGCUGACCUCCAGCGAAACCUUCCCACUGAUGGUGCAAGCGAACAGAGAGCAAGCCGAUGUUGAAACCAACAACACAGAGCCAAAAGACGUAUUUACAUCGGACAUACAGGAUGUCGAAGAUUUUACUUCUGGAGUCGAUGACGCCUUUGAGGAUGCAACAGACAUGCAGCCGACAGGGACUGCUCCAGAAUUAGAGUCUGAGACACUUGCACAACCUGAAGCCGCUCAUACUGUCGACGUCGAGGAGCAAAAUGUAGCGUCUGUCCAGGCAGCCCCAGGGCGAUCACUUGCAGGGGAUGAAGCAUCAGACACCGCACGACCAAGCCUAGAUCCUCUAGAAGAGGCAUUCAAAGAAGCCAUGGAAGCUCGCGGCUUGACUGCAGGUGCAACCGUCGAGGCAGCCUAUCAAGCAUUUCAACCGGAGAUUCCUGAUGUUGGAGGUACCCAAUUGUCUACCAUUCGAGAGGAAGGUGAAGCCACUGCCUCUUCUAGCGAGCAAGUCUCUGGGUCAACUGAGAGAGAAGCGCCUUCCGGAAGUUCCAAGAAAGAGAGACGGAAACAGAAGAAAGCAAAGAAGGCGUUAACAUUGGAUAAUCCGAUGGAAUCAGACUCUGCACCUGCAGAGGUUGGUCACAGCCUACAACCUGCAAUAGAGGAAAGGCAAGAUCUCCAGACAGGUGAGCCAAUUUUAUCUGGGGAGCUCACUAAAGAGCCCAGUCCGGCAGGAGAGACCCCAAAUCCGUUUGGUGAUGACUUCGAAAUUGAAGCCAGUGAGUUGAAAGUGCCGCAUGGCGACGUCAAAGCGGAUUCAAAUGUUUUCGUGGCGCCUGGCGCUGCAAUUGGCAAGAUUGCUUUGUCAUCGACACCCGACGACGAUACCAGCGUUCCAAAUUCAAAGAAAGGCAGAAAGGGCAAAAAGGAAAAGAAGAAAAGGUCCCAAUCGUACAGUUGGGAUGAUGUUGACCCGACCCAGCCUGGUGAGUCUGCCCUGGCUGUUGAGCCAGCUGCUCAACAACAGCCUAACGCUAUGGCCGCCUCGGAUGAGCCCGCGCCGGCGAUCUCAGAAGGGCCUGGCGCACCAGAGAUGUCCGUUGGCUCUGCAGAUACAGUCCAGCAGGAGUCAGAUUAUGCCCCAGAGAUGAGCUCGAAGUCGAGCAAGAAGAAAAGGUCUAAGAGAGCGAGUGUUCCGUUCACCAUCGAGGAAACAGCUGGACAAAUAUCCGAGGAGCAACCUGCUGGGACCAUGCUUUCUCAAGAAUCACAACCAAGCACAGAUCAAGCAGCCCAUAUGCCAAGUCAGACAAGAGAACCCACUUUCACGGAGCAAAUGGUGCGAGAACAGGUCCCUGUCAAAGAAACUCGGUCGGCUCCCGAGCCAUUUGUACCGCAAGCCAUUCGUGUUACCUCUGGUGUGGCUCCGAUUCAUUCUUCAGUGGACAUUUCUAUCCCAGAAGUCGCCGGGGAUAAAGCACCGCAAACUCCCGGGGCCGAGGAUACACAAAUCGGUGCUUCUCUGGAGAACAAGUCGGACCAAAAUCAGACGUUGGAUGUCUGCGCCGCCGCGGACUCAUCUGAGGCCGAAGUUCCACUCGCAAAGCAACAGCUUUCUGGAGACAAUGCCCGAACGUCAGCAGAUGAAUCAGAAGCCGCGGGUCCUCAGAUAGCGCCAACAGAUGCCACUGUGCUGGUAGAUCCCGUCACUUCGACAAAUGAGACGAAACAAGAAUUGAAAGCGGUAGAUACAUCCCUUGGACUUGUCCCCGAGGUGGGCGUUGCACAAGAUGAAGACGCUGGAAAGCAUCUGGGCCUGGAGUUCGAAGCUAACCCUGCAGUCGCUGAGGGCGAGCAGGUUCACGAUAAACAGGAGAUUGCUGCGCCAACACUGCCAGCAGUUGUUGAAGAGCGCCCAGAAGAACUCCUUACAACUUCAAACUAUGACAAAGGCCCGGCAACCGCUCAAACACCUAUCAACGAAACCUCUCCUGAAGGGCCGCCGGCACUCGAGGACGAAGAUAUCUGGGGUUCCGCUACAAAAAGGACGAGAAAGGAUAAGAAAAAGAAGCGUGCCCCUGCUUCAGAUCAUGCCGAGCAGUCGAAAUCUGUUCAGAAAGUUCCUUUCUCAGACGAAACUGUGACAAAGCCAGGAUCCUCUGGUGCUCGUGGGGACAAGAAGGACACGGAGAUUCCAACAGCUCCGGAACCGACCGGAACUCUGUCUCUAGAAGAUUCAGAGUUGGUCGAGUAUGAGCCUCGCCAGGAUGAAGAUAUGUUCCCGGUGACGACGACAAAGUCAAAGAAGGAUAAGAAAAAGAAACGUGCUAGCGCAUUCGAAGGCACCGAAAUACCGUCAUCUCCGCAAGAGGGAGAGAUCGCAGGCAGUAUCGCGAACUCCAGUAUCCCAAAGGAAGGUUCAACGACAGAGGCGCCAACAACUCAAGAAUUUGCCGAGGUCGAGCCCGGGCCCACAACAUCUCUGGGUCGAGAAGAGCCCCAAGACGAUAUUGACGGCUUCAGCUUCAGCUUCAAGAAAAAAACAAAGAAAUCCAAGGCAAAGGCCAAAAAGCAGCGUCAAUCCUUACUUGAUGAUGUAGCUGGGUCGGCCGACGAUGCUGGAGCCGAGAACGAUAAGCAGCUCCCGACAGUCUUACCCACCACACCUGCGGCACAAAUCGAAGGUGCAGGCCUAGCUACGCAUCCGGACAAAAAAACAGAAGCGGCCCAAGAUCUGCAAUCUGGAGACGGCAAAGCCAGUCCGAAUGUUGAAGAUUUGAACACAGGCGCUGUUCCGCAACAACCAAUAUCUGUCCUCCCUACAGAAAUUGCGGGGAGCAAUGAGGAUGCUCCCGAACCAGCAGACUUUGCCAUUGACUACCAUGUCGACUCACUAGCAUCGCUUGAUGUUCCGAAAGAGAUGCCGCCUGCCCCGGAGCCCAGCCUUGACAAGCUGCCGGAUGAGGCUCUACAGUCCGAUGAGACCACAGGGGGCGAAGCUAAGGUCAUUGAGUCUUUCGCAGACGGUACCGCUGCUCCUGAGACAUCAACUGUCGAAACCACCAAGGCAAGCAUAAUUACUGGAUCCCGGGUGGUUGAGAAUCCCCCUCCAGAGACAGCAGCCCUCGUAUCUCCUAUUGAACCUACCGCCGAGCCUCCUACUGAGCCUCCAACAGAUCUCGCUAACGAACCAACUACUGAACGCACCGCUGAACUCAUCUUUGAACCUACUACCGAGGCAGCUACAGAUCAUAUUUCUGAGUUUACUGCUGAACAUCCUUCCGAGCAUCCCCCUGAGCUUAAUGUCGACUCCGCCGUCGAACCUGAGCCUCUUGUCGAGCCUAUCGCUGAAGCAGUUGCUGGACCUAUUACUCAAGCGAGUACCGAAACUAGUAUCGAAGCUCCCAUCAAGACUUCAGCCGAGUCCACAACGGGGCCACUCAGCGAAGUUAAUAUUACAACGCCGACCGAGGCAAUCAUGGAUACUCCGGCUGGGCUGGCGGAUGAAGCCGGGGUCAAGGCUGGUAGCGAGGCAGUUAUCAAGCCCCCUCCCAGCCGCGAACCCUCAGCAGUUCCUGGUGAUUCUGAGCCCAUGACAGAGGAAGAUCUAAACUUUUCGAGGAAGCGCUCCAAAAAGGACAAGAAAAACAAGAAAAACAAACGCCAAUCAACUCUUACGGCUGAAACAAUCCAACCUGGUCCUGAGACUCGUGAGAACCAUACACUGGCAGAUGAACCAGAGCGAGACUUUGAUGAAUCCACUCAGGGUGAUAUCAGCAAGUCUGUUUUCCCCGAAGAAGACAAGCAAGACGCACCGGCUAUCACCAAAGAUAUCGAUGAGGAAAAUAUAGGGUCAACGUAUGCGAUGGCUAAGAAAGACAAGAAAAAGAAGAAGCGACGAUCAACCCAAGUUGCCGAUUCACCCCAAUUAGCGACUAAAACAGACGCCACCGACCAUUCGAAUAGCAAAUCGGAGACUAUGGCCGAGUCUCGACCAGCUGAGACGGUAACAGGCGAACUAGGACCCGAUUCAGAAUCAAUGAGUGGAUCCGCUCUGGAGGCAACUCAGCCCAAGGGUGAUGUAUUGACUGUGGAAGGAGACUCCGAAAAUAUCCGACACGAGCAGCCUGAAACUAGUCGGCAUGAGGACCUGGCAUUCACGUGCACAAAGUCAAAUAAGGACAAGAAAAGGAAGAAGCGACAAUCCAACAUCGAAUCCGCAACUCCUGAACCGGCCUCUGAGAUGUCGAGGGAAGAGGCCUUUCAGCCAACAGCAAACAAUGUGGCUGAGCCUUUCACCAUUGAUGAGACACGAGCUUUGGAAACAGUUGAAACCCUCGAUGGGGAGCGCAACCUCCCCACUCCUGAAGAUGAAGCUGAAGAAAGGUUGCCUUCUACAGACAAAAAGAAAAAGAACCGGAAGAAGGGCCAGAAACUGAAAUUGGAUGAAGCCAGCCUGACCCAAGAUGGCGAACAGGUUGGCUUGCGUGAAGAUCCCUAUAUCGAAAGCAAUGUCGAGAACAGGGUCAAAGAACAGGAUGUAAAUCUUCCAGAAACGCAGCCGAUACCUGGACCUCUUACUCGGCGAGAACCAGCUCCAGCGGAAGCAGAAGACCUGGUUGCCGAUACUUGGACCCCAGAAGAGUCCACUUCGAUUCACCUAGAAGGGCUUAGUCACCAACUCCAGGCGGAUGACGAUGUGGAAGAGUCGGGCAAGAUACCAAAAGACUCCAAACAGGAUGAUUCUGAUGUCGAAAAGUCUUUGCAAAAGGAAUUUGUUCCGGUGAAACCCGUCCAAAACGAAGCUGAGCUUUUGAGUGAAGACGGUAGGCGGGUGCCAGAGAUGGGGAACUCUCUUGUUUCAGCUCCAGAAGAUCUGACGAUCGCUGGGGUCGCCGAGACAGCUUCAACAGAUCCGACUUUCGAACAAGCAGGUCUUUUCCGCAAGAAAACAAAGAAAGGAAAGAAGAAUGCCCGUCAAUCAACCGCUGAGGAGCUUGAAGGACAAGAAGCGGCCAAGCCACCCAUGGGAGAAGAUGACUCUUCGCCGAUUCCUCUUGAAGCUGCACAGCCUGUUACCGAAACGGAGUGGCCAAUUCCGAAGAAGUCGAAAUCGAAGAAUGGUAAAAGGAACAGCCAGCAACUUGUCUUGGAUGACAGCGGCGCUGAACCCGCGCCACUCGCGCCAGAAAUUGAGCCUGCAACCCUGAAAGGCUCGGACGAACCAAUUCUACAAACCCUUCCCGCAGCACCUGAUGUAUGGGAAGCAAUGACAAACCAGGGGGCCGGAAUAGAAAAUUGGAGCGUCUCCAAGAAGAAUGGCAGAAAGAAGAAGCGACAGGCGACUUCUACGGACGUUGAGGGACUGUCGGGAUCACUGGAGGCAUCGACCGGUUCAACCCCCCCUGCCGAAAGUGAACAGUCAGCACGGAAACCUUCGUUCUCGACAUUCGAAGGAGAUGUUCUCAGCGCACCGCAAACAGAAGAUCUGACCAAAGAGUAUCGCUCCGAUUCUGCCGUUGUCGAUGCUAAUUCGAAGUCGAUUGGUGAUACUGCACGACAAGAUAAAACCCUGAUGAAUCCUACACCCACACUAGAGCGUACAAUCAUGGAGGUCCAAGAUCCCGCGGAGGCUACAACUGGAGACGUUUAUACGACCGCUCUCGCAGACAUUGUACAAAGUGACAGCCAAAACUUUCAGCCAAGUAACCAUCUCGUUGCGGAUGUGCCCAACACAACGCUCCCAGAAGAGAACAGAGCUGAUAUUGAUACUGUUAUUCCGGACUCUCUAGCAAAUGACGAGAGUCGUGGAACCCCUGUCCUCACUGAAGGUGUUGAUGAAGUACCAACGAAAUUGGACACGAACUCAGCGCAUGUUGAAGAAUCGUCGAUUUCAGACGCUCAAGUGUUCACAGAAAGCAAGCAAGCACACAAUACAGAGCGAGAUCCGCCAGAGACGCCAAUAACAACGCCAGCCGCACAGUCACACUUCAAAGAAUCGGCUGGCCCAAAUGCAGAGGAGCCAUUCGGUAUCGCGAAGCAGCGGUUCCAGGAAAACCUUCCACCCGAGCCCGCAACAGGAUUUCCCAACAGGCGUCCGGAGGCUGAGACGAUAUCCACAUCAGAGGUGCCCAGUGUAGCGCAGGAGGUGAACCAGGGGAUCGAGGACACAACAGAAGAAGCUACUCUAUCGUCGCGGCCGAAGAAAAAGAAGAAUAAGAAACAGCGUCAAUCCACAUAUGAAGAAUCAAUUUCCGAGCCUCACCAAUCCGAAAAUAUGGAACACGAGGCUAAUCCAGAGGAAGCGGAAACCGAGCCCGUCACCGAACCUGUGGUGGUCGAUUCUCCAGAAAAAUCUCGCAGAACCUCACGAUCGAAUGACGUUGCGGCCGGGGAAGAAAUCAUCACCUCGUCAACAAAGGCCAAGAAGGACAAGGACAAGAAAAAGAAGCGGAAUAUACUCUUGGUCGAGGACGAGGUGAAUGGGCCACAGCCAACAGUUCGAAAUGACAUCGAACCAGCCGAAGAGGCGACUAUUAGCGAAAGUCAGCCUGAAGCAGAAGCUACCGCCAAAUCAAUCUCCGCAACGGCUCUAGAGCUUGAACCCAAACCUGAACAUGACGCUGCCGAGAAAGGCAUGGAGAGAUUGCCUGCACAGUCUCUAACUCCAGUCAAACAUACAGAGGAUGUAGCCCAUGGAGCCUCAGAUGAAACGCGAGAAGUCGCGCAGGCUUCCCCACCCGCUGCAAACGAGAUGGGUGGUGUGGGCGAACCUUUCAAAUCCAAUGCUGGCGGCGAAGCCGCAUCACACACCGAAACCGAAUCUGGAACGGCGGAAGGAACAAACCAGAGCAUACCCGAGGACAUCCCUGCAAUGGAGGAGCCUGACACUAUAGGACCUGGCCUGUCUUUUAAUAAAAAGUCUGAAAAGGAGAAGAGGAAGAGCAAGAGGAAAUCAGCAUUCGAAGAAGAGGAGCCGACGAUCGAUGUUGUUGAUGGACCAAGAAUAGACAAUGAGGUGGAGAUGCCGCAAAAUGAUGUCCCUGCAGCCCCUAACCAGUCGUCAAUAUCCACUGAGAUCCAAUCCGAGAGUGAAUGGGGAUUCUCCAGCAAAAGAUCCAAGAAGAAGGGCAAACUAGGCAAAGCCCCGACAGCCACCGAUGGCACCGGGACACCGGGCACGGCAACAACAAAUUCCAACGAGGAAUUCGCGUCCGCUAUGCAAACCCCAAUUCAACGGACCGCGUCACCCGAACUCAUGGACUCUGUCAAGGCAGAACAAACGGCGCUCACUGCGCCCGAAGCCGGCACUGCUGAUUACUUUACUCCCGCCCCGACCAAGAAGAAGUCAAAAAAGGACAAAAAAAGGAAGUCACUCCUUCCGUGGACGGGCAAUGAAGAUCAAACAACCGAAGAUGCCUCCGGGACGUUGACACUAGCACUUCUUCCCGAGUCAGAAGCACCAAAGACAGGGUUAAACUUGGCAAGCGCAGCACUCGCCGCUGGACCGAAGCGUUUUGAAAACAGCGCAGAAGACAAGCACGAAAUUUCAACGUUGCCCACAGAGUCACAGGUGACGACAAUGGAAGACACUUUGGAAUCAGAUGCGAGAAUCAUUAAGCAAGAACCUCUUCGCUCCGAGGAUGACAUCAACGUCGCUGCAGGCACAGGCGAAUUAAUGUUUCAAUCUGCUGGACUGGACGCGGCGCCCAAUCAGUAUGCUCUGAACAAAAAGCAUGAUCCAACUCCUAUAUCAGAUCAAUCUCCACCGUUGUCUACGAGUACUCAGCCUCGAGAUGAGACACUGCCGAGCGAGAUUGAAGUUGAUCCGGGGCAGCCCAGCAGGAAUAUUGCAGACGAUUCGCUCCCAAGACUAACGGAAUCUACCGAUAUGAUAUCAAGUCCACCUGAAACCAAGACUAGUGCCGAGUCAGAAAACGAUCAGUUAACUCCAUCAUUGAGGGAGCCUGACGACUCUCACGAGCACGACGAACCGUACGGGUUCGUCUCAGCUCACAGUCGGGUCCCAGAAGCGACCAGGUAUCAGCAAGAUGUGUUCGAGACUGAUAUGAUCACUCCAGAGGAGCAAUCGACUGCCGCUAAAAUUGAUGAAGCGAAUACUAUGACAACCACCACAAUCGCAGCUUCUGAAGGUACAGACAGCAAAAGGGGACUCGAAGAAACUGAUUUUGACACCAACAAAGACAAUUCGAAGCGCAAGAAGAGCAAGAAGGACAAGAAGGACAAGAAGUCAAGAAAGAAAAGCAGAAUCUCCGAUGGGGCCGAGGACACCGAGCCGCCAAAGAUAGAGCUCGAUCAAAACGAGGCUCUAGAGCCUGGAGUCUUUGAAGCUGCCCGCGACGAGAGCACGGUGAUUUCAGAUGCCCCAGAGCAGCUCCCAGAGAACGCCGAGGAUUUGUCCGAUGUAAGUGCGACCACACGUGAAAGACGAAAGAGAAGGAGAUCACCUCCGGCCUGGGCAGGAGAGGAGCCUGAAGACCUCCCAAGAGGUCGUGCGCUUACUCCACCACCUGAACACGAUGAUAUCAUGGACACUGCACUUGGCAUUGCAGCAGGACUUGGCUUCGGUGCUGGAGAAAACGAGUCAACAAGAGAAUCUUCGCGAAACGUGCCGUCGCCUGCCCGGCAACCCUCCAGCGGGUGGUCUUUUGCUAAGCUUGAUCCCAUUACGAAACUUGCCCAUGCAGACACGAACCGAGACAGCGGUGUGCAGUUCGAGUCGCCGACACUGUCCUCUGGCCAAUUUAUAACCCAACGGGACAGCGGCUAUAUCCCAAGUCCUACCAUCGGACACGGGGAAUUCAGCUCUACCCGGGAUAGGCAACCAGAUAUGAAUCUACGUCCGCCUCGACCUCAAUCGCCAACGAGCUCGACAGAGGACGUAUCCAAGGCUGUCACGAGCAGACAGUACGUCGAUCAGCCGGCUAGCCUGGAGACACCGAGGAGGAAGCCGUCGCCAGUGGAAUCCACUUCGAAAGACAGAUCCUCGGUGUUAUUCAAUUCAUCUCCUGCCAUGCCAUCUCCGUUAAACACCGAUAUCCGAAGCAGAAGUCCUCAACCUAUUGCAAGUCCCCUCCGGAGAAGCCCCAGCAUCCAUGGCCACCAUCACAGCCGGGAGGAGCUAAGACAACAAAAGGCUAGAAUUUCUCCACGCCACGAAGACAGUGACCAGCUUGCUUCCAAUCUCAUCGAUCGAUCAGCUGCAGCACCAGUGACUCGCGCGGCGUUCGACUCGCAUUCGCACAACAACCCUAAUCGCCCUUAUUCGCCGGGUAAGACGACACUGAAUGCGAUCAACGAAGAUGUACACGAGCCGACUUCCCAGGCGCAUCCAUUCUCAGAUCCGCCCGCGUCUCUUACGCCUCGACAUUCUGCGGAGAACGAUAGCCUUGCUGCAGCUGGCUUGGUGGCAGCCGCCGGAGCAGCCACGUUUGCAGCGGCCAAUGAUGUUUCACGUGACUCUCCAGCUCCCGGCGCUAAAUCGCUUGGCAGAACCAAGUCGCGAACUUCGUCGUUGCGCAACCUGCGCAGCGUUUCCAUUUCCCCAUACGACCCAGCCAAUUUCGCGUCCGGGUCAUCGCAAGGACCGAUUAAUACUCAGAGCGCCGGCAAGGCUGCCGUUCGUGAGAGGGAAAUGGCAGAGAUAUACGAUGGCUACGGUUCCUACCCAGGCAGUCCCCGCUCACCAACGCGACCUCCAAGUAUCCGACGGCGGCAGAGCAUGCAGCAAAUAAGAGAUCUUGAGGCAAAGCUGGACCAGCUCGCCAGUGAGAACCGCUCCUUGGCCGAAGCAAAGAUCGUCACAGAACAGCAACUCGAACAAGCUCACUUUGAACGCAACCGAAAUGAAAAUGCUACGGUAGCUUUCAACGCACAAUUACAGGAGCGGGAUGCAGAUAUCGCACGUCUCAAGCAAGAAGUGGCGUCAUUGAUCGCGGCCCACGAGUCGCUGAAGCAAGAACACGAACAGAGCUUAUUCAGUCUCCGGCAAAAUCAUGAAGAGGCGCAAUCACAAUGGCAAGAUUCUUUAAAAGAACUGGAAACCCUUCGAUCAAGGCACAACGAGCUGUCAACUGGGAUGGAAUCCAUUGUCAGGCAUGAAAUCGAUACGGCUCUGAGCGAGAAGAAUGCCGAGAUUCAGCGACUUCGGGGAGAUCUUGAAGCGUCAAGAGAGAAGAUCCGAGACUUGCAAUCUCAGAUAUUAUCGAGAGGAGCAGACGAUGUGGUUGUCUUCCAUGACGAGGAUUACUUCGAUCAAGCGUGCCAGAAGUUGUGUCAACAAGUACAAGGAUGGGUGUUACGCUUUUCUAAAUUCAGCGAUCUUAAGCUUUGUCGGACAACAAGCGAGGUCCGGGACGAGAAGAUUGUCGACCGAUUCGACAAUGCGAUACUAGAUGGUUCCGAUGUGGACGUCUACCUAGCGGACCGUGUCAAGCGACGAGAUGUCUUCAUGUCGGUGGUGAUGACCAUGAUCUGGGAGUAUGUCUUUACCAGAUACCUUUUCGGAAUGGAUCGAGAUCAGCGGCAGAAACUAAAGCAACUGGAGAAGAACCUUGGUGAAGUGGGACCGCAGAGCGCUAUUCACCAGUGGAGAGCCCUCACGCUCACAUUGCUCUCCAAACGGGAAAGUUUCAAAGCGCAGCGAGAAAGCGAUACGGAAGCAGUGGCGAUUGAGAUCUUCUCAACACUGUCACGCUUCCUCCCUCCGCCACAGCAUCUGGAGGAGCAGAUUGUGGGAUCACUGCGCAAUGUCAUGCGCACGGCCGUGGAAUUAUCGAUCGAGAUGCGCACACAGCGAGCCGAGUAUAUCAUGCUACCGCCAUUGCAGCCCGAGUACGAUACCAAUGGCGACCUGGCUCGGAAAGUGUAUUUCAAUGCAAGCUUGAUGAAUGAAAGAAGUGGCGAAACGACAAGCAAUGAGGAGUUGGAGCGUGAACAUGCCGUGGUGCGUAUGGUACUCUUCCCGCUCGUUGUCAAGAAAGGGGACGACAAUGGAGUGGGGGAUGAGGAGAUUGUGGUAUGCCCUGCGCAGGUUUUGAUCGCAAGACCAGAUAAGGGAAAGAGAGUGAAGAGUUCGACGAGGCACGCUAGCGGUGGUAGCGAUGCUAAGAGCUUGCGGGCCGUGAGCACGCACAGUCUUGCCAUGAGUGGAAUUGAAGGGAACGAGAACAUGUUCUGAUGGGAUAGCACAUGUUGAUGGGUAUUAUCGGGAAUCUGCUUUCAUUUGCAUGGCGAUGGUGUUGGUGGUUGUCGUUGGAGGAGUAUGUCCGAUCGCAAACGCGGUCUCGUUUUCUGCUGGCAUGGGAUGGGGACAAGAUUGCAGUUCCCAGCGUUCACGGACGACGAUACGAAUCUCUUUACAUAUCUGUCUAGAUAGUGUACCUAAUGAACGUGGCUAUUCAUGAGGAAGGACGUCAUUGUAAAC